CACAAUAUAUUGCAUGUAUGCAGCUACGAUUUGGACUCGGUACAACCAGAACUUAUUGCUCAAAAUGACUUGAAACAGGACGUCUGAAUUAAUUUCUGUAUUCAUAAUAAAAUGACUGUUUUGUGAGUGUGCAUAUAAUAAUUCAUAGGAAGUCACGAGAUUCGAGAUAUUUGAACAAAAUGGGUUGCUGCUUUGGGAAGGACGACGACAGUAAACUGCUAGAAAACGGUCCGAGUGAAACAACUCGUUUAUUAGAUCCAGCGAGGAAUACGCCUAGCAGACCUGUGAACAGCGAUCAGUUUUCUCAGAGCCCUAAUGGGGUACAGAUAGGGGACCAACAGUCAGAGCUCAAUAAGGUGCUACAGAGAGCCGUUACAAAUGUAAUAGAUGUAUCUGCCAUAGACUCUCAAGCAUUAGAGCAACAUGAAUACAUGGAUAGGGCAAGAACAUACAGCUCAAGAGUUGCCGUGGUGGUGACGGGUCCUAAGAAGCCCCUCUCAAGCUUCUUAAGACUUCCCAAGGGGGUCUCCAUGCCAUACUCAGUGCUUUCGGAGGAACCUGUCUCAGUUGACGACAUCAAUCUGAUCACACAGACCGCAGCUGACGCAUGGAAGGCUUCGCAGGACAUCCAAGUCACGCAUAAAGAGAAUCUGGUCGUCCAGUUUGGAAUGCCACAGAACUGAGGUGGAUUGUGCCUGAGUGCGCAGGAUUAAAAAAAAAAGACUCUUGAAAAGAGAAAAAGUGUGUAUUAAAUCAAGUGGAGUAACCAUGGAAACUAAGGAGAGAAGACUUCUAGUGAUGCAGUUUUACUUACCUGUUAUGAAAGAAAGUCACUGUUGAGCAGGAAAUUGAGAUGGAUACGAUGCUGUCAGUGUGCGUAAUCAUAUCAGACACGUGUACAUGUCUUAACUUCUGUUGCCAGCCUACUUCUAUGUAGGCAGAAAAUCAACUGAUUAAAUAUAGCCAUCUUUAUUACAAAGGUUACCUAUGUUUCGUGUAUCCGACCUCUAUGUAGGCAGAAAGCCGCCUGAUUCAUUUUGGCCAUCUUUAUUGCAAAGGUUUCCUAUAUGUUCCUAUAUGUUCCUAUAUGUAGAGGGCGCUCGUCAUGUUUAUCAUGUCCGACCAUGUCACAUAACCAGAGGGAUCAAGUUUCAUCUAGGCAUAGGUUUAAUUAUUAAACUCAUAAAAACAACUUAGCAUUGAUUAAAGCUUACUAUAUAAAUCUGAAAACCAAACUUUUCAAGUACAUAUUAUGUAGGAAAGAUUGCACUCAUUUAGAGAGUUCUUGGGCUGAUUGAAGACUGAUGUGAAGCGGGUGGUCAUUUUA